GCUAUUUUUAUGAUUCCCACAAAUCCACCACCAACAUUCAGGAAGCCAGAACUUUGGUCUGAUGAUUUCACCGAUUUUGUUAAAAAGUGCUUAGUGAAGAAUCCUGAACAGAGAGCUACUGCAACACAACUUUUACAGCAUCCUUUUAUCAAGAAUGCAAAACCUGUGUCAAUUUUAAGAGAUCUGAUCACAGAAGCUAUGGAGAUCAAGGCUAAAAGACAUGAAGAACAGCAGCGAGAGUUGGAAGAGGAGGAAGAAAAUUCGGAUGAAGAUGAGCUGGAUUCCCACACCAUGGUGAAGACUAGUUCGGAAAGCGUGGGCACGAUGAGGGCCACAAGCACGAUGAGCGAAGGGGCCCAGACGAUGAUUGAACAUAACAGCACAAUGUUAGAGUCUGAUUUGGGGACCAUGGUUAUAAACAGUGAGGAUGAGGAAGAAGAAGAUGGAACUAUGAAAAGAAAUGCAACUUCACCACAAGUACAAAGACCAUCUUUCAUGGAUUACUUUGAUAAGCAGGACUUCAAGAAUAAGAGUCAUGAAAACUGUAAUCAGAACAUGCAUGAAUCCUUCCCUAUGUCCAAAAAUGUUUUUCCUGAUAACUGGAAGGUUCCUCAAGAUGGAGACUUUGAUUUUUUAAAAAAUCUAAGUUUAGAAGAACUACAGAUGCGGUUAAAAGCACUGGACCCCAUGAUGGAGCGAGAAAUAGAAGAACUUCGUCAAAGAUACACUGCAAAAAGACAGCCCAUUCUGGAUGCGAUGGAUGCAAAGAAAAGAAGGCAGCAAAACUUUUGAGUCUAAUUUCUUCUCUGUUUAUUUUUAUAGCUAUUCUGGAGACCAAGAAACCACUAGAAAUUGAAGAAAUAUUAUGUUGUUUUUUUUUUUUAAUCCUAAGAUUUAUGCUGUACAACUAGGCAAAGGCAGAAUUUACAAUCGUAUCCACUAUGUUUUCACUUUUAAAUGAUGAGAACAACAGAAAUGUAUUUCUCUUUUUCUGUCAACCACAUACCAGCAAUAAAACUGUUAUAAAAUGAAGGCAGUGUUUAGAGACCUUGAAAAUCCAAAGCUAUUGUUUAAUUGUACAGCACUGAAGGGCUUUAUGUUAUAAUAUUCUUUAUUCCUACCUAGUAGCCUAUUUAUUGUAUCCCCUUAGGUAAACUUAUUUAUUUAUGCUAUUUCACUUUGUUUUGUUUUUUAAAGAGACAAUCAGGAUAGCUUUGGUGAAGGUAGGGUCAUGUUAAUAGAUGAUAAUGUACAACCAAAUUCUACUUUAAGCAGGGAGCUACGGGAUACAUUCCUUGAUUUCCAGGACAGUUUUCCAGUAGAAGCAAAGCAAUAAUAACAGUAGUACCCAGAUGGGCUAGGCAUUUUUUACAUUGAAGCAAUAAUUCCAUUUUUACCUUUUGAAAUUGUGUUUAAUUUUUGAUUUUUGAUGCUUGGUACAAAUAGAACUGUAUAUAUUUAGGUCAAACAGAGCUAAAAUGUUUCAAACCAAAGAAAUCCAUGAAAGCCUUGCACAAAAAAGUGUGGUAAAUAUUUUUAAAGAAGUGAAACCUUAAGACAAAUGUAAUUUGUUGAUAUUGUUUCAUGUUUCAUGUAUAGGUCUGAAGCUAAACUGAAGCAAACUGUAAUAAGCUCAUCAAAUCUAUUUCUGUGAAAAUGUGCUCUAUUCUCACAGGACUUAUUUUGUUGAUUUCAUUCAUUUCUUGGGAAUUGGUUAACAUCAUGUGCCUGAUAUUAACAAAAUAGCAAAAAUAUUUGUAGUGAACUGUGCAAGCCUUGGAGACGGGGGGG